UGUUAAGGAGUGUGUUAUAUUGUGUGACGUCAUACGUAUGAUGGUGUGGGGCGAGUGUUGAAUAUUUGUUUUACCUGGGAUACAUAAACAGUUGUGGGUAUACUUUAUUUUGGAACGAUGGUUCACCAUUAUUCGGUGUUAAUGUGCAUAGGAGUAGACUGAAAAGUGAGUUUCAGAAGGAGCAUCGUUCCAUACGUUAAGGAUGGCAUGUUUGCUGGCUGGUCGCUAUAUAGCUCUCUGUUGUGGCCGUCGGUCUUCAGGUGUCUAUGUAACCACACGGUGUUGGCAGCAGAGCUAUGCAGCCUGCGCACCGACACAGGGAGAAUCAUUCAAUGGACCCAAAUCUUCAGUAGUGCCAAUAUUUCGACAUGCGCCGCAGUUCAGUGAUCGUAUUGCUUUGCGGGACCGUCAUGGCGAUUACACAUAUCGUGGAAUAUUCCUCAGCAGUCGUCAGUUUGCUGGAGAAAUAUCCAAUUACUUGGCUGGUAGAAAGCAAGAGAGAGUUGCAUUCCUCUGCCCUAAUGAUGCAUCAUACAUCAUUGUUCAGUGGGCAUGUUGGAUGAGUGGUCAGAUAGCUGUUCCAAUGAUGGCCGAUCAUCCUAGUCCUGUCUGGGAACACUACAUUAGCAAUAGUGAGGCCAGUUUGGUUGUCACAACUACAGAAUAUGCUGACAGUCUUCAGAAGGUGGCAGUCAAGGCUGGGGCUCAGUUACUGGUAUUAGAUGAAGCUCUUCGUGUCCUGGCUAUGAAGGCAGCCUCCAAGUCUACACUGUUGGCUGCAAAACCAGAACCAUCUCCAUGGGAUGAGGCUCAGCCACUGGAAGGGGGACUAGACCCUCAGUUCUACAAUGAUAAUGACGCAAUGAUCAUCUAUACCUCUGGGACAACUGGACCACCCAAAGGUGCUAUUAUUACUCAUGCAAACAUACAUGCCCAGAUAUCUUCACUUGUUGAAGCCUGGGGAUGGACAGAGAAGGAUAUUGUACUGCACACAUUACCUCUGCAUCAUAUACAUGGGAUUGUGAAUGUUCUCAUGUGUCCUCUUGCAGUUGGUGGCAGGUGUGUAAUGCUUCCCAAAUUUGAGGCUGCUCGUGUAUGGAGUUACCUCCUAGCAAUAAACAUGCCAGCGAAUGAACGAGUGAAUGUGUAUAUGGCAGUUCCCACUAUAUAUAUGAAACUGGUAGAAGAGUAUGAUCGUAUUUUUACCAAGAAUGCGCGGAUGCAGGAGUACAUACGAACAGUGUGUACACAAAAAAUAAGGCUGAUGGUGAGUGGUUCAUCUCCUUUGCCAUCUCCACUGUUUGAAUGCUGGGAGGAAAUCACUGGACACAGGCUUCUAGAGCGAUACGGAAUGACAGAAACUGGAAUGGUUCUGUCCAACCCCCUGAAAGGUGUUCGGAAACCAGGUUAUGUAGGAACUCCACUGCCAGGAGUGCAGGUACAGAUUGCCAAAACUCUUCAGAAUCAAGAAUUUGAAGUACAAGUUGAGGACUCUGCUGCACGAGGAACAACCACUCCCUCCAGAAAGUACAUGAGCGGUGAAUUGCAUGUGAAGGGUCCAAAUGUUUUUAAGGGUUAUUGGAAGAACUCCAAAGCAACACAGGAAGUAUUCACACAUGAUGGAUGGUUCAAAACAGGUGACACAGCUCGUUAUGAUGAUGAUGGGACGUACAAGAUUCUUGGUCGAACAUCUGUGGAUAUCAUCAAGACUGGUGGCUAUAAGGUUAGCGCAGUGGAAAUAGAGACACACAUCCUAGGACAUCCAGACAUUGUAGACUGCUCUGUGGUUGGUCUGCCAGACAUCACAUGGGGACAAAAGGUGGCAGCAGUGGUUGUUCCAAGAAGUGGUAAGGAGGUCAUUCUGUCCAAACUUCGAGAGUGGUCCAAAGAACGGAUGGCACCAUAUGCAAUUCCAACUGUGCUUAGAGUAGUGGAGAAGUUGCCCAAGAACACAAUGGGCAAAGUUAACAAGAGAGAUCUUCUGAAGGCAGUGUUUCCAGAGGCAGAACUGCGUGCAUGAAUUAGAUUUAAGUAGCAGCAUUCGUUUUCCAGUUUUUCGUACCCAAGAUAAAGGCAACCAAGUAUUGAGACUUUACUGCACAUCUUCAUUCCCAUUGUCUUGGAGUGCCUUGUACCUUGAAGUUUUGAAAGUUAUUAUAAUGCAAGAGAAAGACCAUAUGGGGAAAAUUUAGAGUUUGUAAAACGUUUCCAAAGAGCUUUUACAGUGUGUCACUAAUUUAUAUUAUACAUGAAUUUGUAAUGUGUUGACUAUCCCAUUAAUGUUACUGAAUUGCUUUAUUAUAUAAAAUCCUUUGUUUUAUACUUCAACUGCCCACUGUUCGCAACUGAAUAUAACCAGUGUUAUCCAUACUGAAAACAGUGUCAUAAUUUGGAGAUGAAGCUUACAGUUUUAAAAUGUUGCCAACCUAUAUGCAUCAUUCUUGUAUAUGGAAGAUAGGUGUAAAACACAGGCUGGAACCACUGAGUGGCACUGUACAUCCAUGGUGGAGUUCGGAGUUGUUGCUUUUUUGUAUCAGGUGUUGGUGACUAUGUUAUAACAUUUUGCCACUGACAGCAGAUGCUUAAUAACCCAACUCUUCAGAGAAUUUGAGAUCAAUUACAGCAAGAGGAUGAUAAAAUUUACAUUGUGGUAUUCCAACACAUAGAAUUACUUUGAAAGUUAUAAUAAUUGAGACUAGAAUACAUUACAUUGAUAUUAAAUUUGCAUAAAUUUGUAUGUCAAUGUUUCUUUAUGACUGAUGCAUUUAAAGGUUAGGAUUUCUCUCUAGUGACUUGUUUCUUGUUUGUGUUGUGUUACUUAUUAAUGCCAUAAUAGAUUUUGUGUGUGUGUGUGUGAUGCGGAAUGUAAAGGUGCCAUGUUUCUUAAAAUGAGAGAAUGUGUUGUUUGGAUGACAUUACUAUAAUAUUUGAGUUACUUGUAUCGGUCUAACAGUAAGUGAGCAGAAGACUGAGAUGUAUUAUUUUGUGUUGUAUGUAUUUUAAGAAUUUUUUGACAUAAACAAAAUGUAUGGUAAUACUGUAAAAUAAAUUUUCUGUAGGUGCAUGGUCCCAGGCACGAAUUUGGUGCAAAAAGAUAGGCUAAAAGCACUGUUUGAACCCUUCAUUUGUCAUGUUUCAUCUCCUCUUAAUUCUCUGAAUUUAUUGUUUUGUUCUCACCACUUGAUCAUCAGGCAUUCUUGAGAAUUUUAAAAUAAAACACUAUGUAGAA